GCUUUAAAACUCCAAACAAGGGCAUGUUUUUUUUUUUAAAUGCUAAAUUGUUUUAGAAGAAGAGAGAACACACUCCUCUAGUCGUCUGGCCUCUACGCCGAGGCAAGAAAUAUUUUUAAACAGCGAACCCACAUUCAGCAUCAGACUUCCCGUUGUUCCUCAUGGUGUGUCUUACGUGACAUAUGCAGACUUGUAAGUCUCUUCUUCUUCUUCGGUGUCGUGGCUAUGGAAGGACGGUGUGCUGUUGAGACUUGGGCAGAGUUUGGCUUCUCAGGAACAUCAUGCACACCGAAGGUCCAGCUCGGUGUUGGGACAGAUGUGUUCAUCUGCACUGGCAGCGGCGAGGUCUACAUCUUCAGUGCUAAAGAGAGAAAACUCACAGCUGUCCUACAGUUUCCUGGUCCUGUGAGUGACCUGGUUGGGAGUCAUGACAAGCAGGUCCUCUAUGCAGCCUGUAUGAGUGGAGUUUAUUGUGUUAGUUCACAAUUUCUGUUAUCCAGAGCUCAAAGCUCCCUUGCUGAUGCCGCCUCCAGUCCAUUUGAGCUGAAAAUCUCCUCUGAGUUUCUGCUUGUUCCAGAAGAAGGAGUGUUGUCACUGCUGCAUCUCGGCUCUGUACUCCUGACUCUUUCCCAGAGAGACACGUCCUGGAUUUUGACUCUGUACAAUUGUCCAAAACAGUCAUCCUCCAGCAGCUGUGAGAGUCUCACUUCAUUCAGUCUGCCGCUGGUCUCAAGUGUUGUUCAGGAUGACGACGAGAGGGAGACGAGAGUGAGAAGGAGGCCUGUGCUGAUUUGUGUCUGUUCUAGUGAUGCUACACCACUGCCUUCCUCCUCCACUUCUUCAUCAGAGGCGACUUUACCUGAUGGACACAUCCGCCUCGAGCCCGUCCUCUUCAAACUUUUGUUUGGGGUCGACGCUGCCCUCGCCAAGUCACCGGUCAUCCUUUGUGGCCUGCCGGAUGGGUGUCUUUGUUUCCUUCCUCUGCGACUCCCAGGAUCCCGGCUCCGGGUCCUGCAUAACCUGGAGCAGCCAGUCGUAUUUGUUGGAGCAUCUGCUGUCAUGGAGACGGGUCUUAGGCAUGCACAGUGUUUAGUGGCUGUGGGCGAACUAGGGAGAGUGGUGCUGAUCAAAACAGACAAGGGAGGACCAGAGGGACGGGGCAGCAGAGCUAACUUUACUGAGAGGUGUGUACCGGGGCCAGUGGUGUGUGGCUGUGUGGAUAAGACCUGUCUCUACUACAGCACUGGGUCAGACCUGCUGAGACUGGAUCUGUCAGGGGGAUCGUUGGGUCAAGAAGGCCAAGAAAGCAAUGAAGAGACAUCGAGUACGACAGUCGCUGCCCGCCAAACCCCCACCAGUUUAAAUGUGUGUAGAGUCAUUGCCUUGGCUGAGCCUACACACAACCAUGCAGGCGAGGUUGAGCUGCUGGGGCUGUCUGUCAGGGGGCAGAUCCAGAGGAUUACCUUACCUGUGGAGAAAGAGGAUACAGGAUUGUCCAAGAUGCCCUCCACACAGGUUGGCCGCAGCGCCAGAGACCUCCUGUCUGCUAUUGGGGAUGUUUGUGAGAGAGCAAUGGUGCUGAAAACUGCAAUCAAAUCCAAAAACCAGAUUCUGAGGCACCUGAAUCAGGUUCUUAACAUCAGCUUCCUGUUGGUAGCCGGUACAAACAGUGAGGAGAAUCUGAUCAGAUGUCAUGCCACGACCAAGUGGAGCAGACUGCUUCAAAAAGACUCCCUGAACCUGACAUGUGUCCUGGAUAAUUCAAGUCCUUAUGUUUUGGAACAUGGCUGGACACUGAGCGUGACUGUGUUUCCUCUGUCAUAUCCUCCCAGCGCAGGAGGAGAAAGCCCCUCCACAAAUUUUUCAUUCCCAUUCCACAGCCUCCCUGCAGGGGAAUCAUUAGAAGUUUCACUGCCCCUGGCAGCUGCAGGCGAUGCAUCCUUCCCCGUGACAGUUAGCUGCUCACUCAUCUUCUCUCUCUCAAGUCUCCUGGGCGAGGAGGCAGCAAACCUUAAUGGUUCGCAGCAUAGCUGCAUCAGUUUGCCCUUGAACACACUGACAGUGGAUUGGUUGCACGCCCUACAGGUCAGCAGUCCCAUAGACGCCCAGAAAAAGGCCACAUCUCAGUGCAACAACACUGCAACGGAUACCAUCCAAGCUUUUUUAAACUCACGCCAGAUUAAGUGCAGUAGACGAGGGGAGGGAGGAGGAGAAAAUGCUUCGAAACCUGAGCGGGAGCAGUAUUCAGCAAGCGUCCAGGUGUUGUCAGAGUUAGUGAGAGAUAUGCUGGUGGUGAAAAGCUCAGGUGAGGACCCUCAGGGGCCAAAGUUGGCUCCUCAAAAUGUGUGUGUCUCUCUGCUGGAAUGGCUGUUGUCUGAAGGUUCUGGAGGAGUGAGGACAGGACACCAAGGAGACAAGAUGAGCCGCUCAGUGAUCCAUGCUCGAGGCCCAAACGGACACACGGUCAAACUGACAGCAAAAGAGGUAAAUGUAGAGGAACAGAGUGCAGGGAAGGAGGACUCCCUGACCACAGUGGAGGUUCAGGUUGAGAGCUCAUCUAUAGCAGCAGUGUGUGGACUGCAUCAUGCUGUGCUGGGCAGGGUCCAGACUCUGCUACAGAGGGUUCCUGAGAGGGCAGCUUCCACAAAGAGCAUCCGCAGUUUAGGUUUGAGACAGGCACUGAAGCGGGCCGAGCACCUGCUACAGCAGAUCCAGCAGAGUCGAGUCUCUGGGGCCUUUGGUGCGGGCGCGUCCACAGGGCAGAUGACCCGAUCUCUUCUCUCUGUUUACCGAGAGCUCAGGGAAAAUCCUCUCCUCAUAAUUUAAACGCUUAUUUUAUUUAUCGAGCUGGGCCUAGACAGCUGCACUCGACCUUGUUCGGUGUUGUGUAAGCUACCUUUGCAGCUGAUUGGCAAAAAAUGUCCAUGAUCUAUUGUAAAUGUAUUUUUGUAACACUAAACCAUUGUUAACAUUCACGGUUAUUCUCAUGUGACUCAUUAUUUUCCAUUAUGAUUUAGCUGCACAUAUUUCACGGCUCUGAUUGUAAUAAAUAUCGCCCAUAA